AUGCAACCUGUUAUCAUCGCUGCUUUACUAUUGAGAACAACUUUGGCUUUCUUCAUUCCUAUAAAACUAUCCCCAGUAAACAACGUCACAAAAGGAGGAGCACCGUUAUUCCAAAAUGGAAACAGCUUCUUCGUUACCAACAUCACUGUUGGAACACCUGCUCAGUUGUUUUCCGUGAUUGUGGAUACUGGCUCGGCCAAUUUCUGGAUCCCAGACAAGACGUGCACCACUUGCCAAGGCAAAAGGUUAUUCGACAGCCAGAGCUCAUCAUCGUAUUUGCGUACUAACAGAACGUGGAUGACAAGCAACCACUUUGGAGUAGCAGAAGGCUUUCUGGGAUUGGAUACUAUGCGGCUUGCCAUGGACGCUGCCGACAUGAUUGUCAUCCCAAACACCGAAAUUGGUCAAACGAUGGAGAUCCCAGCGUCUGUGUCAUCCACGAAUGGUGUUGACGGAGUGUUUGGGCUUGCAUUCGCAUCCAUAGCGAGUGGCAACGUUGUGCCCCCAGUAGUUAGAGGCAGCAACCAAGGUGAUAUCGUUCAACCCUUAUUCUCCAUUUGGCUUGAGGAAUUAUGGGAAACAUCCGACAACGGCACAGCUGGAGUGAUUUAUUACGGAGGUUCUUCGAAUAUGCUCACAUUCACAACAAUAUCGACGAUAAUCACAACGUCCGCAUUCAUCAAAGUGCCGGCAAGCAAUUUUGCUCGAAUAUUAAACACAUUAAACGUACCUGCAAGCAGCCCACUGCCGGCUCAGGUAGACUGUAAUUCUCAAUUGCAACUCGUAUUCGACUUUGGAAACCAACAACAAACGGUGACUCAAAGGAAUCUGAUCUUGGAAAAUGCUGACGGAAGUUGCAUUUUGGCAAUAAUGCCGACAGAUUCAAAUGGCUUUGACAUGGGAAUGAACAUCGAGCUUGGAAUACCGUUCCUGCGCGGACGCUGUACAUACUUUGAUAUGGACCAUGAAAGGGUUGGAUUCGCUGAUGCUAUUCAGCACUAA